AUGCGCGCCAAACCCUCGCGCCCGAAGAGAAACGGCGUGGUGCAGCAGAGCAAUGCCUCGCGCACCCCGCUCAACCUGCCCAAGACCCCUCGCAAGCUCGCUCGCCAACCCCCUCUCAAGGCGAUGUGCAUCUCGGUGACGUCCUUGAAACGGCUCUGCAGGCGUCACGGCGUCAAGCGGUGGCCCCACCGGCAGCUGAGCGGCUUAAACCGCACCGUGUCUCACCUGGAAGAGAGGCAGGCAACUUCGAGCGACCCGGACAUCGCCAGACAGCUGGCCCGGCUCUACUGCCGCAGAGACGAAGUCAUCGAUGGCUUCGGGAGGGGCUCCAAGCUCCUGGGCAUUCCGACCGCGAACAUGGACAUGAAGGAGGUCGGCGAGAGGGUCGUCCACGACACCACCACCGGAAUCUACUUCGGCUACGCCAUGCUUGACGGGACGGUAUACCCGGCGGUGAUCAGCGUCGGCUGGAACCCGUACUUCGACAACAAGUCCAAGACGGUGCUUGCGUUCACGAGCGAUGACAACUCCUCGGAGCCAGAGAGAGCUUCUUCCCCCUCGAGGAUACCCGACGCCGAGGAGACGAGGGGAGCAUCGGUCGACUCGGAGACGAUGCUGCUGCCUGCCCCGCCAGCGAAGGCCUACAACCCGACCCACGCCGUAGCGCCCGGAGGCCAAGGCGCGGCGCCAGCCCCCCACUCCUGCCUCGUGUGGGCAAACCCCGAGGCGAUGGCCCCCGCUGGGGGGCGACGGGGCGCAAGCCAGCAGUGGCAACGCCAGCAGGAGGAGCAGCUUCAGCACCAGGAGUACCACCGCUAUCGGAAUCACGGCGGCGACGGCGCAAGCCGCCGGUUCGGCGGAGCGAAGGCGGGGGCGCGAGAUGCGGGAGGUAUGGAGGACCGCCGUACCAGAGAGUGGGGAGACUCGAGUAGAUGGGUGGACGGCGGCAGCAGCGGCAGCGGCAGGGUCAGGGUCAGGGGCAGGGGCUUCGAGGCGGUCCGGGGGGAAAUGGGGUUCUUCCGCGAGCCGUCAGGGUUGGUCAGGUGCCCUGUCGAGCCCCCGCUACCGCCCCUUUGUUACGCCAGGGCGAUCGCGCCGCCGCCGCCGUCGUCCAACGGCGGCGUCGAAAGCCCAGCGACUGGCGAGCGGCUCCAGAUGCGGCCGUCGUCGCGAGGCCCCGCGGGCGGGAGGGCGGCGGCCACGACCUCGAGGGUAGUCGAAAACAAGCACCGCCGUUGGCCGUCGCCGACGCACUUCACCCCUCUUCCAUCGCCGGAGCACUCGACCGGCGGUGGCGUGGAAACCCAGACCACGGCUCGACACGGGGCCCCCUUGGACCCCCCCUCUCGACGACGGACCCCCCCCCCGGAGGCGGGGGGCGGCGGUGGCAUGGUCUCGAGAAGAGAGAUGGAGUGGACGACGAACUCGGCUUCGCGCGAGCCGCCCCAGGUCGGGACGAACGUUGCCGGGUGCAGCAGCGUUGACAGCGUGUACGGAAGCUCCGCCGCCGGGGGCGGGUACGGAGAUGGGAGAGCAGGAGGAGGAGGAGGAGGAGGAGGAGGAGGAGGAGGUGGAGGAGGAGGAAGAGGAGGGGGGGAGAGCAGGCGGCACAGCGGCAGCGGACCGCUGCCUUCCAUCGCGAGAUUGGUGGAAGCCGGUGCGUUGCUGAGCGGCCUGGGGGACGGCGAAUGGAAGCACGGCCACCGCCACCAGGCUCCUCUUCGUUGCAUGCAUGAGCGUGCGGGUGCGAUGUGAGUAUGAUGAUCAACAGGGCUGCCGUCAACUCGUGGGAGGGCCUAUUCAUGGGAGCCGGCAAUACAAGACAGCAUUUAUUUGUCGAUACCCGCCCCCUCCCCGCAGCCUGCCCCUGUGCGCACCUACGGCGAGAAAAAACCCGUGACAGAGAAAAGGCCGAGCGAAAAAGGGGGCAUCAUGGUGUAUUCUUACGUGUCAGCAACUUUUGUUUUCGGAAGUUGUUUUCAGUGUCUCGUGUUUUCCGUGUUUCUUUGUGGGAUAGAGAGCAACUUUUCUGCUCGUAGAAGUAGCUUACGCUGAUUUGUAUGUGUCGUUUCGUUGCCAUGGGGUGAAUCUGAAGUAAGCGGACGUCCCUCUGAUGUCGUUGCUGUAUUUUUCACGCAUGGUCGUCCAAGUAUGUGAUGACGGCGGUGAAGGCGUUCGUGUCGGUUUCCGAAUGGGACGGUCAUCCCCGCAUGUAGGUUCGGGCUCGGUGUCUGCAUGUAUUGCAAGCUUGAAAUUUUCGACGCGUAAACUUGUGCACAGUUUCUCCUUCGUUCCUUACGGCCGUCGAUGGUCUCACGAAAAAAGGAGGCACACGUAAAGUAUCGCUUUUGUGUGGUUGGAGGAUAGUUGCUCGUCAUGUAUUCUUGGGCAGGGGGGAGGGGAGGGGGGAUACGUUUUUUAUUGUUUCGUUGUUGCAUGCUUUUAGUUGUGCUCCGCACGACGCGACCUCCCACCCGGCGGUCGUGCAUGUCAGGAAGGGUCAUGCCAAUCCAAUCCCGAAACACGUUUGUUUCGGGGUCUUGUUUGUUUUUAAUCAGCACUUAUUACUUCUUAUGCUUGUUUUGUGUGUACGCAGCAUACAGAAGUUGGUCACAAAAAGAAGGUUUGGUAAGUAUGCAACGCGUGCGUUUGUGUCAAGGCCGCUUCGAUCGAGAAGGGAAAGCGCUUGCGACCGUCGUCGCAGCAAGCAAACAGGCUCUGAUUGACGUACGUGUAGCGCAGUAUACAACAACUGGGAGGAGAGCAAUGAUUCGCUCGGGUGACCAGCCGCGUCGUUUCUGCACCCAGGAGGAGAGGUUGUUUCACCUACAUUUCGGGUUCACACAACAAGACUCAUCUCUUUGCUUGAUAAACCGGCCGACCGACAAAACAACGCCGUGGGCACGUCGGGCUGAAUUCUCGACUAGCCUCCGCGGUCCGGUCAGGAUGGAUUUGGGUCGGCAUCGAUAGAUAAAUAGGUUUGCAGGUGGCACCACGUUGUCAAGGUGGCACCGUGUUGAGCACCAAGAGGGAGUGUGAAACGGAGGGCUUGA